AUGAAUCAGCGUCCUUCUAGUCGUCCAAAAGCUUCCUUGUAUGUUGGAGACAUACACCAACAUGUUACCGAGGCAAUGCUCUACAACCACUUCAGUCCCGCCGGGACCAUCCACUCUAUCCGCGUCUGCAGAGACAGGGUCAACAAGCGCUCUCUGGGUUAUGCCUAUGUCAACUUCAAGAGGUCAGUGGAUGCCGAGCACGCCUUAGAUUUCUUGAAUUUUAAACUGACUGAUGGCUCUCCGAUUCGUGUAACUUGGGCCCACCAGCGCGACCCGACCCUGACAAAGAGCGGUGUGGGUAAAGUCUUUAUUAAGAACCUGGACACGUCAAUAGAUAACGAAAAUCUAUACGACACCUUCUCUGGCUUCGGCAAAAUCUUGUCGAGCAAGAUUGCAUGUGGUAACAAUGGCUCAAAGGGCUAUGGUUUUGUUCAAUUUGAGACCGCGGAGGCUGCCGAGAAAUCUAUAGAAAGAUUGGACGGUAUGCUGUUUAAUGACAGAAAAGCAUUUGUGGGCCGCUUCAAAUCUCGCAAGGAGCGCCAAGCUGAGCGCUUUUGUUCAUGCGCAAAGUUCACCAAUAUCUACAUCAAGAACUUUGGACAGGAUGUGGAUGAGCAGAAGCUGACAGAGGUGUUCAGCAAGUAUGGAAAGAUCACGAGCGUCUGUGUCAUGAAGGAUGAGAAUGGCAAGUCCCGAGGGUUCGGCUUUGUGAACUUUGAGAGGCACGAGGAUGCGCAAAAAGCUGUGGAUGACAUGAAAGGAAUGCAAAUUAGCGGCAAGCUGAUCUAUGUUGGCCGCGCCCAGAAGAGGUUAGAGCGUCAGUCCAAGCUCAAGCGUUGGUUCCAGCAGAACCAGGCUCGCAUGACAUGCCCUUCUAAGCAGCAGCAGCACAUGAGUGCCCAGAUCCACUCCAAGACCAAAGCCCAGGUCAAGGUCCAGACCCUGACCCAGGAAAAUGCCCAGGUCGAGACCCAGCCUAAGGUCCAUGUCUGGACCCAUCCUCAGGCCCAAGUCCAGACCCAGCGUCAGGUCCAAGUAAAGGUCCAGACCCAGUCUCAGGCCCAAGUCCAGCGGGUCCAGACCCAGCCUCAGGUCCAGAUCCAUACCCAGCCUCAGGUCCAGACCCUGCCUCAGGGCCAAGUCGAGCAGGACCUGACCCAGCCUCUGGUCCAUCUCCUGACUAAUACCCAGGUCCAGACCCUGCCUCAGGCUAAUGUCCAGACCCAGCUUCAGGCCCAGAUCCAGACCGGGACCCAGGUCCUGACCCAUGACUUCACCCUGGCUUUGGUGUCUAUGCAGCAGGUGUAA